CACCUCCGUUAAAAUACAACACACUCUUGCGGCGGUAGUUCGAAGAACGCAUCAAUUUGUCGCAUUACUGAAAUGAAGAAAGCUGCCCAGCCGAGUCGUUUUACCAGAUUUAAGAGAACGUUUUACAACCCAGAGAAACAUGAAAUUUUAGGGAGGACUUGCAGACAGUGGGUUUUGAUUUUCAUAUUUUACGUUGUGGCAUAUACAUUUUUGGCAUUAUUUUUCAUUGGAAUGUUGUCGGUGUUUCUAUUCGGCUACGUCAGUAAGAAUGUCCCAACUCUGACUGGUGAACAAAGCAUUCUAAGAUUUCAACCAGGAAUAGAACUUGCUGCAAGACCGAACCCUUUUAGUACCUUUAUCCAAGUUGCAACUUUCCAGUCUACAAUCAAUCAACCAUAUAUUAAUAAAGUGAAUGAACUGUUUAAUAAAUACAACUCAAGAGGUCUGAAUGAAAAGUGCACUGGACCUGGUUUACAUCCACAGAAUCCAGAUGUUCCUUGCAGCUUUGAUUUGAGUGAUUUAGGAGAAUGCCAAUCAACCGAAAAAGCUAUAUUGGAGGGAAAAUUGUGUCUUUAUUUAAAAAUUAAUCGAAUCUAUGGUUGGUUACCUGAUUUGGAAGAUCCUAAUACAUUCCCAUCCCCUGCUAUAGAAUGUGGAGGUACACUUACUGAUUAACCGAGGACAUAAAAUUCUCAAAAAUGACAUUAUUUCAGUAGUACAGUUAAACGACACUGUAUUACCGAUAUUUAAAGAGAGUAAUGUAUUACAGUUUAAUUUCGAAUUACGAAGCUUUCCUACUGAUUUGUAAAUUUUACUAUUUUAGAAUGAAUUCGAUAGAGAAUCUCUCGGUAGUGUAAAAUACUUUCCAGAAUAUACAGCACCAAGUGGAAAGAAGUAUGGUGUAAUAUCAAACAAUUAUUUUCCUUAUUUGAGAAUGAAUAAUUAUCACGCACCAUUAGUUGCUGUACAAUUCUCUAAUAUCACAAAGAAUACUGUUGUUCCAGUUGAAUGCCAUUUAGUUGGUUUGAAAAAUUCCAUGGGUGCUAUAGGUUUUGAAGUAUGUGUCGAUGACAAAGAUUCAGGAAAAUAAACAACUCUUUAUUCUUUUUAAAAAAAGUAAAAAAAAAUUUUUUAUCUCUGUUUCUAUUAUUGAUGAAAAGAAAAGAAUUAUUUCGUUUACAUUAUUCAAUUUAUGUGUUCUUUAAUAUAUAUUUUUUUAUCCUAAAUAAACAUAUACAUCUAUUUCAGCCCAUCUAGGAUAUUCUUUAGUUCACUUCACUCAUAUUUGAAAAACACAAACUUGUCUUUUAUCUCUAUUUUAUUCUCUUCACAUUGAUCAUUAAACCAGUCAGUCAUUCAUAGUGCUUAUUAUUAUUAUUAUUAUUAUUAUUAUUAUCAUAAUUUAUUCAUAUUAUAAACUAUUACCAAGUAUUGUAUAAUUUCCAUAAUUACAAAUGCUACACUAUUAUCGCUCUACCACUUCUCUAGUUUAAAGUUUUAACUCACUUUUCUUCUGGGUUAACUAAUUCUUCUUCAAAAAAAAAAUGAAAUUUGAAUUUCUUCACGAUUGAAUUACACUUUUCUUCCUAACGAAAUCGCUUUACUUUCUGUUUAUUCUAUAUUUUGACGUUCUCUUUAUUUUUGUAACAAAAAUGAAAAGUAACCAGAAAGAACAAUAAUGGUAUGGAUGCUUAGUGAAUAGUUUACUUAUUCAUUUUUUCUAAUUUGAACAUUAUUAGUGGCCUUGUUAUCCCUAUCAUUAUUGUUAUUAGAUUUAAUGUAUUUCUAUAAAAUUAAUACAUGUUAUAACAACUACUGAAAAAUCUGCUGAUUAAGUAGAUAAAGGUUUAUUAUUAGAUGUAGUCAAAUGUAUUUACAAUAGAACAAAUAUAUACAUAUAUAUACAUAAUUAUGUGUCGAUAUUGUAACCAAUAGUAUUACUACCGUUAUUUUCAUGAUUGUUAUUACUACUACUACUACUACUACUAACACU